AUGUGGGAGGAAGAUGGUUUCGACUUCCGCAUCUCUUAUAUUGCUGAACAACAAGAAGUGGACUCAGGAAACAUUCAGGUGCUGAAGCAAGAGAACAAAAUGUUGAAAGAAGAUAUAGAUAUGUUAAAAUCUGUAGUUAUUAACUUAGACAGAACAGGUAGAAAACAGCAAAGCGAGAUCACAGAUUUAAAGUCAAGAUCAAUGAAGCAGAACUUACUCAUUCACAAUUUACCCGAUGAAGAAAAUGAAAAUCUUUUCAAGAAAAUCCCACAAUUGAUUAAAGAAUACCUGGGAGUCGAAACGACUUUUGCAAACAUACAUCGAAACGGGUCUAAAAAUCCGGGUAGACCAAGAACUAUUACGGGUCGACUAGAGAAAUUUACUGAUAAGGAGAAAGUCCUCCAAGCACAGAAAGACAAAAGAAAUAGCGAAGGGUCUGGCUCUACAGAACAAUCAAAUACAACUUUCUACAUUACCCCACAAAGACCAGUAGAGGUAGCUGAAAAUCGGAAAAAAACCCAAGAAAUAAGUAACCGGUAUUGGAAAGAGGAUGUGAAAACACGUUUUGUAGGAGACAAGUUAGCUUUUCCUAACGGAAACACAUACAAAGAAAAAGUGUUCAAACCAAAGCCUGAAAACAUUUUGCUAAUGGAUCAAGCAGAAAAAGAGGCGCUUCAAUAG